AUGAAAAACAGAUGUUCACCAGAGGCAUUACUAUCUAUAAUCCUUGGGAUGAGCAAAGAACAAAAAGAAUUUGUAAGAUCUAUGGGUUUUGGAGCUUUUUUAAAAAUGAAAAUCACGGAUAUACCACUGAAGCUGGGAUUUUAUGUUCUUCAAAAAUUUGAUUCUGAGAGAAUGGUGAUAGAUAUUGAAGGAAAGGAAUUGAAAGUAACAACAGAGUUUAUUCAUGACAUGUUAGGCAUACCAAUUGGUGGAACCAAACUUACACAACUGGAUCAAUGGCCUAAGGAUGAUACAAGUUAUGAUGAAUGGAAGCAACAAUUUAAAAAAGAUUCAAUCAUCCGACUGAAUGCAAUAAAAAAUGUUAUGGUUUCUACCACACAAGCUGAUUUCAAUUUCAAAUUGAACUUCUUAGUUCUUUUUGUCAACACUUUUUGCGAGUCAACAUCAAUGGGAAGAUGCAACCUGUUUCCCUUGAGUUAUAUUUCAAGAAAAACAGAUAUCAGCAACAUAGACUGGUGCAGCUAUGUUUUGGACUGUCUUGUCAGAACAAAAAACUCAUACAUACCAUACUUAGAUAACAGCUUCUUUGUUGGACCUUCAGUUUUCUUGGUGUUGUUCUAUGCUGAUAAUAUCCACUCGGAAGCUUUAACAGUAACACGUAAACGUCCAACAAUUUGUUAUUGGAGUUCAGAGAAGAUUAGAUAUCGAGAGACACUUGAACAAGAAAAAGGUAGAUUUGCAGUUGGAGAAUUAAAUGAAAAAUUUGUUAAUGAACAAAAUGAAGGAGAUACAGAUCUCGAAGACAGUGAUCCUGAUAAAGAUGAAGAUCAUUCUGUUGAGGCAUAUGAAUCAAAAAUAUCAAAAAUGAUUAAUAGUUUUGAGAGGAUGAAGGAAAAGCUGAAUUCAAAGCUUAAUGAUGCGAUGACAAAGUUCCCUGAAAAGGAAAGUUUUAGAAUUUUCAAAGAAAAGAUGAAUAAUAUGAUUGUUGAAGAAAAAACUGAAAGCACAACACUUUUUAAUUUUCCAAUUAAUGAAAUUGGAGUUGAAGGAAUCAAUUUGACACCAAUAAUGGGUCAAAAAACAAAUGAUCAAACAGAAAAUGAAGAUAAAGAGGGAAAUGGUGAAGAAGACAGUGAUAAUGGUGCAAGUCAACCAGAAGUAGAUUAUUUGUUUGAUUCAAAUGAAUCAAAUAAUAAAGGAAUAAAGAAUGAUGCAGAUAAGAAUAAAAAAGAAGGUGAAAUUAGAGUAAAAGAGAAAGAUGCAAAGAGGAAUGAAAAUCAGAAUGAUGAAGAAGAAAAAGAUGAUCAUGCUGAGGAAACAAAUAAUCAUGAAGAGACUAUUCAAAAAACUAAAAAUCAAAAUUUGCUGGAUAAAGUUGUUGACAACAUUGUGGACAAUGUCGUUGGAAUUGGAGUUUUAAUUUUAAAUAGUCAAGAAGAUGAAAUCUGGAAUCACCCUGAAAUGAAAACUAUUUUCGAUAAUAUUGAUAUAGGGUCACCAUUGAGUACAGGUAAAACUAAUACUCUUGCAGAAAAGGAAAAUCAGAAGGUGUACAUGAACAAGGAACAAAAGUUGAAAAAACAAAGGGAGAUGAUACAGGCAAGGAAAACUUUGAAGAUAGAAAUGAAGGAGGAAUGGAAGCUAAGAACACGAAAGAUGGAUGUGAAGAAAAACAAACAGAAAUUGAAAAAGGAAAUGCAGAAGAUAGAGGAAAGAAAAAGUCAGAAAAUCAAAACAAGAAAGGAGAAAAAGCUGACAAGACAAAAGGAAAUAAAUGAGAGAUGUGGUUGUCCAGAAAAAAUAUGGUCAAAUAGCAGAAAGAGCAGUUAUGGAAGUCUAUAUGCAAACACAGAGAUUUUUGGAGAAGUUUUAGACACUUGGUCUGAUUUACUUAACCACCAAGAACUGGAAAGGGGUUUUGGAAAUUCACCAUACAGACUCUUCUUGAAAGUUGGAGUUUCUACUGCUUAUCUAACUUCAACAUUGUCUGAUGAAAGAAAGUAUGAAAAAUUCAAAGAGAACUUUCAUGACAGUACCAAUGGGUACAAAAAGAUCUUGAACAUAAAAGAUAUUGACAUGGUAUUCUUUCCAGUUGUUAAAAGUGCUCACAUUUUUGUGAUUGUCUUCAACUUAAAGAAACCGCCAAUUGAAAUUCUAGACAAUAGUGCAGUUGAGGGGGAUUAUGAAGGGAAAUACGGAGUAAUAAUGAAACAUUUGGUAUUUAAAAACAAUGUUGAUUGUGGGGUCUUUGCAAUGAGACAUAUGGAGACCUAUAUGGGACAACCACUCUUAAAGUGGAAACCAGGUCUUCAUAAAGAAAGUGCAGUUCAGCAAACUACUUUAGAGAAGCUCAAGCAAAGAUAUGCACACAUAAUGCUAACUUCUGAAAUUAACAUGUUGAAGGCUAAGGUGUUGGAUCUUGCUGAAAAAUAUCAAAAAGUUGAAUUCAAAGUGCGUACUGAUCAUGCAUACAAGGCUAUGCAAACAAUUCAAAAAAAGGUUAAAAGAAUAUUAAUGAUUGCUUGUGAAGAUGAAAGAAUGUUGAAGUGUGAUGCUAUAGAGCAGUUUGUGUUGAAGAUGAAUGGAUCUGAAGUACAUAUAAGAUGA